AGGACUGCCUGAUUAGUCAGUAAGUCUGUAGAGUUGCAGAAGAGGGGCAGCUUCAGUCAAGAGGAUCUUUAAGACUGCUCUGACUUCACUCUCCAAGCAAAAAAAAACAGCAUGGUUCGCAGAGUGGCAGUGAUCGGCGCAGGUCCUUCUGGUCUGACCAGCAUCAAGGCCUGCCUGGAUGAGGGUCUGGAGCCCACCUGCUUUGAGAGUAGUCAUGACAUUGGGGGUCUAUGGCGAUUUAAGGAGGAGCCUGAGCCUGGUCGGGCCAACAUCUAUCACUCCGUGAUCAUCAACAGCUCCAAAGAGAUGAUGUCAUUCAGUGACUUCCCGCCUCCAGCCGAGCUCCCCAACAACAUGCACCACUCCGAGGUGCUGCUCUACCUGCGCCUCUACGCUCAUGCCUUCAACCUGCUGCAGCACAUACACUUCCAGACGACCGUGGUCAGUGUGAGGCAGAGGCCAGACUUCCCUGUGACGGGCCAGUGGGAGGUGGAUACAGAGGGGAGAGAGGGUCAGAGGAGGACUCAUGUCUUCGACGCUGUGAUAGUUGGUACUGGACACUUUACCCAUCCUCAUCUGCCGCUCAGUGACUUCCCAGGGAUUGAGAGCUUUGAAGGCAGGUAUUUCCACAGCUGGGAAUAUCACAAUGCUGACGGUCUGCAGGGGAAACGAGUGGUGGUAAUUGGGAUCGGGAAUUCUGGAGGGGAUAUUGCUGUGGAUAUCAGUAGAGUUGCAGAGAAGGUGUACCUCAGCACCAGGAGCGGGGCGUGGGUUGUCAGCCGAGUGGGACAGGGCGGGCUCCCACUUGACCUGGUGGGGUUUUCACGAUUGGUUAUGAUGCUACACAGGCUCCUCCCCUCAUGGAGUGCCUGGACGAUUAAGAAGACAUUGAACCAAGCUUUUGACCAUGUGCUAUAUGGUCUGAAACCAAAACAUGGUUUUUUUACACAGAUCCCAGUGGUGAAUGACGAACUGCCAGGUCGGAUCAUCUCAGGUCGUGUUCAGGUGAAACCAAACGUGCAGGAGUUCUGUGGCUCCAGUGUGGUCUUUGUUGAUGGGAGCACCAUAGACAAGGUGGAUGUAGUGGUGUUUGCCACAGGGUACAACUACAGCUUCCCCUUCCUGCCCCCAGCUCUGCAGGCUAAGAGCGGUUACAGGCUGCGCCUCUACCAGCAUGUGUUCCCUCCAACACUGUCCCCGCCCACGCUGGCAGUGGUGGGCUUCAUCCACGCCUUUGGUGCCAUUAACCCCAUGGCAGAGAUGCAGGCACGCUGGGCCACCAGGGUAUUUAAGGGUUUAGCGACACUUCCUUCAGAAGAAGCCAUGCUGCAGGACAUCGGGACAGUAACAAAAAUCAUGCAUCAGAGGUUUUCCUGCACUGAACGUAAUCCCCUCCAAGUGGACUAUAUCCCUUAUAUGGACUUUCUUGCACAGCGGGUGGGGGCUCGUCCUCCCAUUCUGAGGCUCUUACUGAAAGACCCCAGGCUCGGACUGCAGGUGUUACUGGGUCCAUGCACCCCAUACCAGUACCGUCUGACUGGGCCGGGCCAAUGGGCUGGAGCCCGUCACGCCAUCCUUACUCAGUGGGAGAGAGUGUGUAAGCCUUUCAAGACCAGAGUCGUACCAGAACCAGUGGGCGGGCCCUCAUCGAGGCUGAGGUUCACACUGGGUCUCUCAGGUGCUGUGUUGCUGUGCUGGUUCCUCUACAAAAAACACAGCCUCUCCUCUUUCAUCUGCUUCCCCCCAUGUUUCAGAUCUCCUCGGUAACUGCAUGAUUAUGUAAAUUAUGAGACUAUGAUAGAGGGAGCAGUUGUGCAACAUGUAUACUACAGCAGAGCUAUUUUAAAUCAAAAUACUGAUGUUUGAACUGAUGAACUAAUGUUUAACCAACAGGCCUGUC